GGCUCCCCGGCUCCGUCUCCCGGCGGGCGGCGCAUGCGCGGUUGGGCGGCCCGGCCCCGGGAGCAGGCCCGGCGAGGCGGUCCGGCCGCCCCGGGCUCCCUCCAGCGGCGGGCGGGGAGGAGGAGGAGGCCCCACCGCCGCCCCCUCCCCGGUUAUCCCUGCCGCAUUGCGGGGUCCCCCGCCGCCCCCGGGAGCUGCGGGUCCUCCGGGAGGCCGGUGCCAUGACUUUCUUCGGGUUCGGGCAGAGCGCGGAGCUGGAGCUGGUGCUGAGCGACGCCGAGAGCCGGCGGCGGGUGGAGCACAAGACGGAGGAAGGCAAGAAGGAGAAAUACUUCCUUUUCUACGACGGGGAGACCGUCUCCGGUCGGGUGGUCCUCACCCUCAAGUACCCCAACAAGCGGCUGGAGCAUCAGGGCAUCAAGGUGGAGUUCAUCGGGCAGAUCGAACUCUACUAUGACCGAGGAAACCACCACGAGUUCGUGUCUCUGGUGAAAGACCUGGCCCGUCCUGGUGAAUUCACCCAAUCGCAGACGUUUGACUUUGAAUUCACACACGUGGAGAAACCUUACGAGUCCUACACGGGGCAGAAUGUGAAGUUGAGGUAUUUCCUCCGAGCGACCGUCAGCCGCAGACUGAACGACGUGGUGAAGGAGAUGGACAUCGUUGUGCACACCCUGAGCACCUACCCAGAGCUCAACUCCUCUAUUAAGAUGGAAGUGGGCAUCGAGGACUGCCUGCACAUCGAGUUCGAGUAUAACAAGUCCAAGUAUCAUUUAAAAGAUGUGAUUGUGGGGAAGAUCUACUUCCUGCUGGUGCGAAUCAAGAUCAAACACAUGGAGAUAGACAUCAUCAAGAGGGAAACAACGGGGACCGGACCCAACGUCUAUCACGAGAAUGACACAAUAGCUAAAUACGAGAUCAUGGAUGGGGCACCUGUGAGAGGGGAGUCCAUUCCCAUCCGACUCUUUCUGGCUGGCUACGAGCUGACUCCAACGAUGAGGGACAUCAAUAAGAAGUUCUCGGUGCGCUAUUACCUCAAUCUGGUGCUGAUUGAUGAGGAGGAGAGACGCUACUUCAAACAGCAGGAGGUGGUGCUUUGGCGGAAAGGAGACAUAGUGAGGAAGAGCAUGUCCCACCAAGCAGCCAUCGCCUCCCAGAGGUUUGAGGGGACGUCCUCCCACAGUGAGGCCAAGACCCCCAGCCAGCCUGCAGAGAACAACGGCCGGCAGUGAGAGGCCACGCAGAGGAAGGCUGCUGUGGAGCCAGUGGGGACAGCAGCGAGGAGGAAGAAAAGAAAAUACAAAAAAAAACCACACUUCAGAGACUUCAUGAAAAUAAAUAUCCGUUUUUGACUUAAUUCCUUUCUUCAAAGGACUCGGAGGGUGGGAAGGGGACUGGGGGGGGCGAGGCGAGCUGGGGCACUGCUGGUGAGGAGUUGAAGGUACCUCAGUGCUUCCCAAUCAACUACAUUCCUCUGGGGUCGGCUGCUUUGAGGCGUGUGUCCGGAGGCUGCGGAGCUGCCUGAUCUCCUCUUUGCCCCAAGAGCCCCUCAGCGUGGCGGUGGGGAGGGAGAGAGCAAGUGAAGGCUCAAUCUGCUGCUUCUUCCCAGCGGCGUGGAGGUUGCUUUGGGGCUGUGUGGGAUGGAUGUUUUUCUUGCCUUUUUCUCAAAUCUUCACGAGGGAGAAUGACACAGCGAUUAGCUGGAAGGUAGAGGAGGGAGUCAGAGACUGAGGUGCCUACUUGGAAUUGCUUGGUGUUAUCCCCUCGCUGCCUCCCUUUCCUCUUCGUGCUGGCGUUGGGUUCCUUGUCACCAACAGUUAUAUCCCGUAGUUGGCUCAGCGCUGGGACUGCCGUGGAGCAGGGACAGCCACCACGCUCUCCUGUCCUUGCCGGGGAGCUCCUUGUCGCCAUGUUGUGGAGCCAUGGCUGGUAGGAGGGAGCGAGGCAGGCAAAGGCAGUAGGAGGUGGCAAAGGUUGGGGCAGAGCAGUGAAGGUCCCUUGGAUGGGCAUGAAGAGGGGGCAGGAAGGCUCCUGGCUGAGAGCAGUGCCUUCCUAGUCUUGUCCUGGUGGCUGCCUGAGUCCCCCUGAGGUUCAGUCUCUGCUGCUGAACAGGGGCAGACCAGCCUUGAGGGGUCUGGAGAAUAGUUUUGGAAGGUGAGAAAUAAAUGGGGGCUCUCUUGAGAGGGGGCUGGUGCUGCACAUGCUGCCCUCCUCCUGUCUGUGUCCUUGUGGCAGGGCAGGCUUUGUAGUAGGGACCCAGGGCAGUAUAGAAACACGUGUAUUGUUUUGUUUGCUCCCCUCAUGCCUGCGGGAUGAGGAUUAGUAAGGGCAGAAAGUGGAUGCAAUUGUUUGAAGAAGCUCAUGGCCUGUUGUGUGCUGCAGGUGGAAGGAUGGUAGAGCUCUCUGGUUCCAGAGACACGUUCCUGAGGCCCAAGCUGAAGUCACCAGUGAGGUCUGAGGGUUUGCCAUGAACUGAGAACCUGAAUGCGGGUCUUUUCUUUUCUAAAAUAAGCUGCUUUUAGUCUUCAGCUAAGUAGAGUCGUGAGAACAUUCCCAGAAGGGAGUCACUCCUCCAUUAAAAAUUAGAUGUGGCUUAGUAGAGUUGAUUGACCGAGUCUGGAGAAUAUCCAUCCUCUUUAGAUGCCCUUCAAGGAAGCAGAUGGUUAGAGCUCCUUGCAGAUGGAGAGACAAGCCCGCUGGGAUAAGAACUCUAUCAAAGUGGGUUUUGUAUGUAUUUCCCUAUGAGUUUGUGGCUCGCUAGGGUUUUGUCCAGCUUCCUUUUGAUUCUGGAAUGAAUCUCCUCUGUCUCUGUCCUACAGCUGGAUGUAGAACAGUUGUUUUGCAGCUGGGAAAUGGAAGUAUCUCCUGCUUUGUUAGUGGAACAGUGCUGGUGGAGGGAGCGGGGCCUGGGUGGGAAGGGGAGCUUUUUAUGUAAUAAGACAGCUACUGUAUUUCAGUGAUAAAUGUGUGUUUCUGCUUGCCAAAGUAAGUUAUCUUUUACUCGCCACGUGUAAGGUUGUGGUUUUUAGUAGAGCUGGACAGUCUCGCUCUGUUGUAGAGGACACUAACGAUCUCAUCUCUGCUGAGUGCUCGUGUCACAUCAUGUUUCUGCUCUGUAGUAGUGAAGACGUGGCUUGCUUUUCGUUACAUGAGAAGUCUGUGCCAUGGGCUGGAGCCGUGUCUUCCUAAGACUGAAGCAAAAGCUCACUUUAGACAACCACCUUGUUAGGCCAGGGCAGGAGGCUCACACGGCAAAGGAAUCUGGGUGUUACUUUUGAUACUGGCUCUACUCCCCGCUCCGUGUCGGGGGAACCACCUGUGCUGGGGCAAAACAAUCUCUUAGAGACAAGUGAAGCUCCUGAGGGAGCCUCCAGGGUUAGCAGAUGACCUUUCCGUGGCUGCGCUGAGCACAGCAGCACCCCAAACCCCCUCUAGCUUUCCCUCAACUCCCAUCCCACCCAGUGUUUUUUGUUUUUUCUUUUCCUUGCCUAUCCCUCUUGACCGUAGGCCACGUGGUACUAAAGAAACCCCGUGGAUGAAGAUGUCUCUGCAUUCCAGGAGGUUUUUUUUUUUGUUUACUGGCUGAACAGCAUCGGUGCUGGAUGUAAGAUAAUUGUCUGCCAAGACAGUGUGCUGUAAGGAGAUUUCUAUUAAACAUCUGUUCAUCACUUCUGGCGGGAUUACUUGGAAAAAGUGCAUGAGCCUAUACAUUGGGUUAGUUUUGGUGUUGUUUUUUUUUUUUUUCUACUUUGUGCCCCUCUGUCCUGUGUCCCUACUUGUGGAACCAGAAUUCAGAAAGGAUCCACGUUUUUACUUAAUCUAGAUGGACCUUUCCAAGCCCUUACCCCCCCCAGGCCCCCUCUGUUUGUCUGGGGUGGAGCAUCUUUAGAGGUGCACCUCCAAAGGUGCUGAGCACCUUUAGAGAGAAGUUGAAGCCUAAGGUCACUCCAGGACAAGGUACUUUAGAAUAAAGCAUUUCAUUAGCAGGGUAAGGGGCAGACACUACUCGAGCAGCCCCUGUCCCCUGAGCAGGGGGGGGUUCUCUUCACUACUUGGGUCAUUCCCUCCCCCUCCCCAGGCCCAGCCAGGCAGGGGGGAGUGUGCAAGUACUAAACCAAGCAGUGCAAACCUGUAAUUAAGCCUCUGCUGUGUUUACAUGUUUCUUAAUUCGUCGUCUUUUCAAUGGCUGUGUUUUAAAAACUUGGGUUCUUUUGUCUCUCCAAUUAAAAAGAGCCAGCCCUGGCUGUCAAACGCUG